AUGGUUACAAAAGAGAGACAAAUCUUUGAAGCGGAGAAGAUCUUUGCCGCCCUCUCGGACCUCGACAUCAGCUGUGAAGCACCACGCAUAGACGGCGCGUUCCGCGGCGGCCAAAGCCACGUCUUCAAGGUCAACUUCCAGGAGGCGACAAGCCUCGCUGUGCGCGUGCCGCUCUACAUGGACAACACCGGCGGGCCGGACGUCAAGAUCGAGGCGGGAGAACGAUCUAUAAUGCGAGGUGGAGCCGACCAGAGUCUCCAAGUGAUUAGUGUGUCACCUGCUAUCGUCCUCCGCCCUGCUGAACUCGCGCUUGAAGUCCCUGCUCGCUAUCACGGCUUUCUCAAGUGCGCGAACAUCACCACUGAUUUCUCCAUGGUGGCUAGGGCCGUAGAGGAGAAUUGA